UAUUGCAGUUUUGUCAUUGUGGGUACUCUGUUAUCGAGAGCAUACAUCUGAAUACAUGUAGGUGAGACAAACACUCCAUCCAGUAAAUAACUUACAAGUGACAGCCGAAUAAACCUUUUGGAUACCCUUUUCUCAGUUUCUCACGUGUUUGCACCGAUUCUCUGCUCAUUAAAAUGUCAGACCCCAUAUCACCUGUAAUAUUUCCUCUGUUAUUGUUCCCCCUCUCCUUGCACUUAGACACAAGUGUAUCCAUAUGUUAAAAUGGCGUCUAAUCUGAACGUGUGUCAAAUACAAACGUGUAGUAAAAGCUCCUGAAAAAAGGCAAGCUAUGAUCUGUCUGAUUCUUGAUACUGAACUUGACUGAUAAUCGUGGGCUAUGAUGUUUCUCUUCUCAGCUGGCAACCAAUAGGAAGCCAAGAACACGUGGAUGCGACAGAUUUGGAGACCGUUGCAAGUAAAGCAGCCUUCAGAUGUCAGUUUAGACUGUAGACAGAGGAGAUAGGGGAGGCAGGGCAGCUUAAGUAUAAACGUUUACAUAUACAAGGUCCCUCCGGACACUCACCUGUGAAGCGCAAGACAUGAGCCAUCCAAAUGAGAAAGAUGGCCCUGAAAAAACUGAAAGUAAAUCUAAAUCAUCCAUGCUUUCAUCAUACUGCAUCGAGAGCAUACUCGCCAGAAGAAGUCCUCUUAAAGUCAGACUCACAGGAAUGCAAAGUUUACCAACGCUUACUGGGAGAGUGGAACAUAACGCGUCUCUGGAAGCCCCUCAGAAAGAUGCGGACAUGCACCUGCCUCCUAAGUUGAGGCGUCUGUAUGGCCCAGGAGGAAAAUUAAUGGACAUCAGUCGAGGAAUUCUGGAGAAUGAGGAGCCGGAAGAGAGGGAGCGUCCUCUAGACAAAGUUUACGAACAUCUGAAAAUCACUCAGGCGCCACAAGUAAGCAUCAGCCGCAGUAAAUCGUACAGGGAAAACGCAUCCCACGGUCAAAACGAGGAAGAUCAGAACCUCGAGCGCGGGACAGAGGAGCACGCCGAACUUGACGCCCUAAAGUUCGAGGAGGACAUGGGUCAGGAGCGCGUCAGCGAAGACAUAGAAAUGUCUGCAAAAAACGAAGAGAAUUUGCCAAUCCAUGGAGAUGUAAAAGAUGGAGAGGACAGUGUGUGCCUCUCAGCUGGCAGUGACUCAGAGGAAGGGAUGCUAAAGCGAAAACAGAGAAGAUACAGGACUACGUUUACCAGUUACCAGCUCGAGGAGCUGGAGAGAGCUUUCCAAAAGACGCACUACCCGGAUGUAUUCACAAGGGAGGAGUUAGCCAUGCGGUUGGAUCUCACAGAGGCGCGUGUGCAAGUGUGGUUCCAGAACCGCAGAGCAAAGUGGAGGAAGAGGGAAAAGGCUGGGGUUCAUACUCACUCUCCAGGAAACCCCUUUUCCGGACCCCUGGGAGCAGCCCACCACCUCAGCCACUACCUGGAGGGAAGUCAUUUCCCACCUCACUCUCACCCCUCCCUGGAGUCUGCCUGGACUGCUGCUGCCACCUCCUUUCAGGGUCUGACCCAGCCCCUCACCAGCUCUGCCUCCCCCCUGGGUUUUGGCCCCUUCCUGGGGGCAGCCAUGUUUAGACACCCCACCUUUAUUAGUCCCUCCUUUGGAAGACUCUUCUCCAGCAUGGGUCCUCUGACACUCUUACGCCAUCCCGUACCUGCAGUAGAGGCUCCAGUCCAGCCUCCGACCGCUUUGUCAGAGCCCUCUCCCUCCUCACCUGUGGACCGCCGGGCCUCCAGCAUUGCAGCACUGCGGCUCAAAGCUAAAGAGCACUCAGCUCAGCUGACACAACUCAACAUCCUACCUUCCAGCACGACUGGGAAGGAGGUGUGUUGAGACAUUGACCCCCCCCCAACCCCUCCACAUGGAGCAUGAGUCAUGACCAAAGGACUAGCAGCUUAGAAGUGGUAUAGCGCAAGAAAACCUCGCCUAACCUCCCCGCCCCCACCUCCACACGCCGCGUAGUUCCUCCCCAAACGCUCUCGACAACAGUGAAAUAAGAUUUCCUCAUGAACUAAAAGAGAGAAGAAAUAAAAAAGUGGACUCCCUGCCUUUUGAUCCUCAGGAAUGACCCAUAGCAGCCUCUCACAGGGUGCUACAGGCCACCAAAGGGAGAGAUCUAGGCCCUUGAGAGGUUCUAAUGGAGAGAAAUGCUGUAGACUACAGACUGUAAGUUUAAAGAUCAUAUACUGUAGACUACAUUUUAUGUGUUGACAGAUGUGGUGUUGUUUCAGUCUUCUCAAAUGACUUGGUUUUUAAGUUUUUAUUUAUGAGUCCCAUAUUAUGAACCAGAAGGAAGU